AUGGAUCCGUUGACGUGGUUAUCUCUUGGUCUGCAACUGGCAGCGUUGUGCAGCAUAGUUGGAGCGUUGCUGCUCUAUUUAUUGAGGAAGGUUCGCGUUGCUGAAGUGUUACCAGUGGACAGCGCAAAGACUGUGCUUGUGACUUCUGUGGACUCCGCUCUUGGAUUGCAGAUUGCGACGUAUUUAAGCAGCAAGGGUUGGCGAGUUAUAGCCGGCUGUCGGCAGGGCGGCCUCGGCGCUCGUUUAGCCGAAUCCUGGCUUCAAGCACAUGUAGCCGCCACGCCGGAGAAUCAACCUCCGCCGAGAUUAGCUACUCUGGAACUAGAUGUGGCUAGAGAAGAUUUAUUGGAGGAGGCGGCUCGAGCUACAGCACAACAUCUCCCCGCAGGAGAACAUGGAGUUUGGGCAGUGAUCAAUACAGCUGGUAGCAGUGGUCUCGGUGGGGCUUCGGUCUGGGAGAGUGCCCUUCGUAGUAACAUUCUCGGAGCCCUAAGGGUUGCUAGGACAUUCUCACCACUCUUGGCCGCUGCCGCUGCAGACCACCCUUACGCUGGGCGACUGUUUUAUAUUGGUCUUACAUCAGACACGGCUUGUGAGAGUUUAUCUCGUGGUGAGAGUGAAGGCAGCGCUUGUUCUGCCGCUGUAAGAUGGGGCACGUGGGGCGCUGCUCGUGCAUUGCGCGCUACGCUGCGUGCUCGGAGGCUUCACGUCGUGCUGCUGCACGCGCCUGAUCUAGCUGCAGAAGAAAUAUACGCACCACCGAUGCAAGUCACGCCUAUAAGCCAGCCAUCAAGUCGCCCGGAUACACCGAAUUCUGAAGUAAGUUCGUCAUCAACAGCUACUUGUGCAGUAACUAUGCCUGGUGAGGCCGCGGAGUAUAGCGCUAAAGUAUUACCAACUAGCGCUUUGAAGGUUCUAGAAGAAGCGCUAACAUCACCAUCCCCUAGAGACUCAUAUUAUUUGAAAAUCAAACAAGACUCCUGGUUCACAAGGAUGCCAUCGCUAAGAGUAUCCCAUUGA